UAAAAUUAUUGCCGGAUAACUACAACUUCACAUUCGUACUUUGUAUUUCAAAAGACACAUUACGUUUGAACAUUACAGAAUUUAUGUAAAAAGUAAUAUAAACAAUAUUUUGUUUUACACAAAAUUUUGUACACCAGACGUGUGUUGCAUGCAUUGCAAUAGCAAGCAACAUGACAACACAAAAUGGAAUUGCUACGGAAUUAAAGAAUUUAUUAUCAAAGUGGAAAUUGGAAUGUAUUUUAUCGCAUUUACUAGCGGAAAAAAUUGAUACAGAGAUUUUUCAAAUGAUGAAACUGCCGCAUAUAAGACUGUUACUUCAUAAUUUUCCCCUGGGUAUACAAAUACGUUUCGAAUAUAAUUUAGAACAAUGGCGCAAAGAUAUCGGAAACCCCUUUCAAACAGCAACAAUCGAAGAUAGAUUAUCAUGUGUAACAUCUACAGUACAUAACUUUAAAACCGAUUUGGUUAAGAAUGUCCAACAAGAUAAAGAAAUACAAACUGAUUUAAUCAUUUACAAUGUGAAUUCUACUGCGCAAACAAAUAACGAACAUAAUCGUGAUGUUGAGAAUGCUGCGUGUAGUGGUGCUGCUGCAGAAGAUCCACUCAGCAAAACAGAAUUUGAUUUACCAUCGGAACAUAUAACUCCUGGCAUGUCAAAUACAUUUAAAAAACCUCUACAAACACCCCCAGUGGAUUUGCGAACUAUUUUGUCGCAUUCACCACGUGGCAUUAGUCUUAUUAAAAACUAUCGAUUUCGCAAACGUUUCUCAAAUGCCGAACGCAACCUAUUAAUUUCAGACAUUGUCAAUUACUAUUUGGAAAAUAAUAUUGAGUUCAAUGUUCAGAUCAGUUAUGCCUUGGAACGAGCCAUUUUGAAAAUGUUUCACACUGAAAAGUUGAGCUAUUAUAGGACCACUAAACGUGGCGGACUCUAUAUGAGAUAUUUAAGUGCUAAGGCUGCUAUGAAACAAGAAGUCAUUAAUUAUAAUGAGAGUGUUAGUAACAUGGACUAUAGCGCUUUAGAUAAAGAAGAUAGUGAAUUGUCUGAUCAGUAUUCUGUUGAUAGUCAGAUAAUGGAAGAGGUAUUCCAUACUGAAACGCCUGUAAUAUCUGAUGUAUCACAUUUUGAGAACGAAGAUAAUGAGACUAUUGUGAGCGAUAAUAAUAUAUCGAUGGAGGCCGACUAUAUUAAACUUGAACCAGAAAUAAUGUGGAGCGAACAAGUCAAUCCUCCCCAAAAAACUAUGUCCCAAAUGGCUAUUCCAAAGUGUGCUUGCUGUCAGGAAGUUUCAAAAAGACUUGACACAGUUCUGGAGAUUUUGGAUGAGCACAAAGUUUUGCUGGAUCGCGUUGUUUCCCAAAACGUAAACGUAGAAAACAUUAUAUCUAUUUUUCCUAUAAACACCGAAGAAAAACUUAAAGAAUUUGACGGUCUUUUAGCAUUGCAAUCAGAGCCAUAUAUUCAACAAAUAAAAAAUCUUAUGCGUGGCAACGUCGAACGUAAUUUGAAUCAAAUAUUUGGUAAAACUAUUAUAAUGGACUUUAAUGUUGACGGAACUUUUGGGAAAAAAGGACUACGGGACUAUAGCAAUGUACUUACAGCUAUUAUAGAUGUUAUAUCAACAUUCAGUGAUUCUCCUGAUAAAACAUUAAGAGCUGCUUUUCAGAGACAAAAAAAGAAAUAUUUUAAGGAAAACAGCCGCAGCAAUUCUAAAGUCAAGGUGACAAAUGACGAAAAUGUUCAAGAAUCAUAUUUUCUUAAUUCAAUUUCCGUCUCAUUUUCAUCAAGCUUCGAUAAUAGCAUUUGGUAUAUGGGAAUUACUAAGGAAAUCGGUGACGAAUUAUAUCAACAUCCUGCACAAGUUGAUGCAAUGCAAGGAGCAUUUUUCGUAAAUGUCAGUGAAACCUCAUCGCUUGAUUCGAUGGCGGUAGUGAGAAAAAUAUUUUCGAAAAAACAACAUGAAUCGAAAGAUUUCGAAAGACCAUUUAAAAACUUUAGUAUACCCUGGCAUAAAGUACCCUACGAAGUUACCAAUUUACUGGAGAAUAAACAGCAAUUGGGAAAAGGUUUAAAUGUUAUAGCUAAUUUAAUUAUAGAUGAGCUGCGUAGCAUUUCAAAACAAAUACCAAUACGAGUUUUACGAGGGAUAACCCAACAGGCAGUCAUGAAAUAUCCACAUUCAUUUUUGAAUAAAGAUGCUGGUGGGAACAAUAUGUCAACGACGUCGGUACCAUUGUUGUCGAGAUUACGUAAUAGACAUUAUCAUAUUAAUUAUAUAAAAUUCAAGCAUUUGCAAAAGGAUUAUACAAAGGAAGAAAUUGAUGUGGACAUACUGGCUAUAAUGAAGAUGCCGCACAUCAAAUCACUGCUUUGUGACUUUUCCUUGGGUAUACAAAUACGUUUUGAACACAAGUUCCAACAGUGGCGACAGCGAAUUGGAAAACCCCUGAAAUACGACGAAUAUGAUGAAACAAAUGAAUUCAUCAUAAAAGAGCCAUCCGAAGAAGCAAUAAAUAAAUUUCAAAAUGACAGCAGAACAGCUUCAAUAAAUUUACGACAAAUACUUAUGCAAAGCAAACCCGAAGGUCCUGCAUUUUUCGAAAUAUAUCGUGACAAUCAGCCAUUCUCAAAUCCCGAAAGAAGUUGUUUAAUUGAUCUAAUUGUCAAUUAUUAUUUGAAAAAUGAUUUAGCCAUCGAUUUACACGUGAGUUAUGAUUUGGAAAAUGCCAUAUUGUCGCUGUUUCCAAGCGAAAGAUUGGAUCUGUAUAGAAUAAGGAAGGAGGGUAAAAUUUAUACAAAAUAUUUAGCGGCAAAGGCUGUAUAUAAUAACAGAGAUGUGAAAGACUUGGACAGUGACGUUAAAAGAGAUGCAAAUUUGAGAUCUAGAAAUGUUAAGCAAAAUAAAAUGUCACGUGAAACUUCGAGUGUAAAUAGAGCCAAUGAGAAUUCCAUGAUAGCACCAGACAAUAUAGAUGAAAAUAAAAAUAUGAACUCCUCUGGGUCCACUAGAAUACCAGCAGAAAUUUUACUACAAACUGUUUAUAAUGACUGUAAAAAGUUUGUUAAAAUCUUUGAGCCAUUCUUAUUUCAAGAGUUUUUCUCAGCAGCCUGCUCCUCUUUUAAUAUAGCCAACAGCCACAAUUUCUAUGUAGCGAUUAAUGAGUGUGAAAUUUCAGCGGAUAAUUUCAAAGAUGCCAUUCUACAGUAUUAUAAACUGCCUACAUUCAAUAUUGAAUUAAAGGAAAGAGCUGCAGAAACCAAAUUAGAACACCUUGAAAACUCCUGCUCGCCAGCCGAUUUCUAUACACAAUCAAAUAUUUACAGUUCAGCGAAGAACUUUAACACUAACGAGCACAAUAAUACGGCCGUACAGAUAAUCGUCAAUCAUUUGCCAGAUGCGAAUGAUAUUCGUAAUAUACCAUCCCUAUUGCCCAUAGUGAAAAUGUCAGAUGAUGGUAGGCCUUUGGAAAAUAAACAUCGUACCACAAUUGCUAAAGCCGUAAUAGAUGAAUGUUUAAAUUUUCAACCGGAAAGAGUACUCAAACGUCAGGAUUUCUUUACUCUCACCGAUAAUCUGGUACAAGCCUUUCCCAAUGAAAUAGCUUCGGCCUAUUUUAUACCCUCACAGCCCAAUCAUGCGGCCCGUGGUAAACUCUGGAAUGCCUACAAUAACAAACGUAGUUUUCUGGGUAGCUCGGGUAUCGUGCAACGACGACAGCACAGCAAUGUCAAACGUAAACUACAAUCGGAUGAGGAUGAGGGCAGUGAAAAAACAAAUGACAAAAUUUAUGUCACUGAAAAAUUGGUGGAAAGUAAAGACUUUUGCCUAAACUCAAUACUGGACUGGGACACUUUACAGCAGAAAUGGUCGCAGUGUCAUCAAGAGAGAAGAAAUGAAUUGUUAAAAGAUAAAAUGCCACCACAAUACUAUAUGCAAAAGUAUUCGAUAUUGAAAUCCAAUCGGGGUGUUGAUUUAAUGGAAAUUGAUGUUAACAUUUUGCAUCCCACGGUAGUUAAUAUCAGCAAUUGGUUAUCGCUCCAUGAGAAAGUCAUAGAGAUGGGUCGUAAACUGCAGAAAGUAGAGCAUAUACCCAGAAUUUUGGAAAACAUCGACAGCUCAAACGAUGAAAAAUAUCGCGCCAGUUUAGCUUUGGUAAUUCUCCCCUAUAUUUUCCCCUAUAAUGCCAGACGUAAUGAAUUCAAUGAAAAGGCUUCCAAAUAUGAUACACAAAAAAGAUUUAUCAAAGAAUAUGCUAGCCUGGAUGAUUUAAACGCUGACAUAGAAUGUGCCGAAUUACAAAUACGUUUUGUCCAUUGCAGCCAGCAGAUAAAUUAUGCCGAGUUUAAAAUCUGUGGUCAUGUGUUUAAGUGUGUAGAUUUAUUAGAGGCCUUAAGUUCGAUUUUCCAUUAUAGCGUGGCUUUGGAUAUGGAAUAUCCUAAGAUUUGUCAACACAUUUGGCAAUUUAUACAGUUGGCCAUAUUUCAAAUUGAAAUACAGGGUUGCAAACAGCCCAAUGUGGAGAGUACUAUCAAUGAUUUAUAUAUGAUUUAAACGAUAAUUAAUGUGUUAUUUUGAUUAUAAGAAAUAUAAGAAAUUGAUUGAAUUAAA